ACAAAGUAAUGAGCGAAGCGCUAAACAGAGACUACCUAAUCUGCGAGGAGAUCGGCCGGGGACGUUUCGGCACUGUUUUUAGAUGUACUUCUCGCUCCACCGGUGACUCCUUUGCCGUCAAGUCCAUCGAUAAGAGCCUUACAUCCGGUGAUUCACUCGACGCCCAAUGCCUCCUCAUGGAACCCAAGAUCCUCCACCUUCUCUCCCCUCAUCCUCACAUAAUCCAACUCUACAAUCUCUAUGAAGACGAAGCGCACCUCCACAUGGUAAUCGACUUGUGUUCCGGCGAGGAUCUUCACAAUUUAAUCAUCGCCAAUGGCGUUAUUCCCGAGGCCGAAGCCAGGCUCCUCUUUACUCAGCUUAUGAGAGCCGUUUCUCACUGCCACAAGUGCGGCGUCGUUCACCGUGACAUCAAGCCCGAUAACAUUUUGCUCGAGUCCAGAAAUACGGUGAAGUUAGCCGAUUUUGGAUCCGCUGAGGUGGUUAUGGACGGAGAGAUGAUGAAUGGUGUUGUAGGGACGCCAUACUACGUGGCGCCAGAGGUUUUACUCGGGAGAGAGUACGGGGAGAAGGUGGACGUGUGGAGUGCUGGUGUGGUGUUGUAUAUCAUGUUAGCCGGCUUUCCGCCGUUCUAUGGUGAAACCGCUUUGGAGAUUUUUGAAGCGGUUUUGAGGGGGAAUUUGAGGUUUCCGGUUACAACUUUCCAAGGCGUGUCGCCGACGGUUAAGGAUCUGUUAAGGAGAAUGCUCUGUAAAGAUGUUUCGAAGAGGUUUUCAGCAGAACAAGUGUUAAGGCAUCCAUGGAUAACAAAUGAAGAGAGUGGAGCAGGAAGCUCCUAGCUAGCUUAGAGUUGAUAUAUGCUUGUAUAGAUGCAUAUACUAUAGAUGGAAUGGAAUCCGUACGCACUGAGUAUCCUAGCAGUUUUUCACUUUUAAUUUAAUUAUGAGGAUGCUUUUUUUUUAUUAGAAGAAGAAGCAAGAUUUUGAAAAGGGGAGGACUCUUUUAAUUACGAGGUUUUUUUUUUUUUUUUUUUUCUCU